AUGGCGGACAGGAUACUCCACUCGCAUCAGCCUCCGCUGCGAGUUUUGCCACGCCGACCCUCGGUGGUGCUGGAAGGCAGGAACGCCGAUGCUCCUCUGCCGGAGGGUAGGCCUGCACCCGAAUCUACAACGCCAAUCCCUUGCUGUAGGCGCGGAUAUUUUCCUCCCUUUCCGGUGGAUGUCACCGGCUGGCUUCGAUUCGCGAGGUCGGCCCUUCCCCAAAGCCUCCGGUUCCAACUGUGGCUUUUACGUCUUGCGUUUCUUUGCCAGGCACUACUAGUAUUAGGUCUCACUUGUUGUUCCAUAAGACUCAACAAAGGGACUGUACUCCUCCUCCUGUUGACGGUGUUAGUUUGGCUUGCUGUGGAGCGAGGACUGCACCUAGCACAGUCUACUUCUUUCAAGGGAAGCGCCGGCCUUCGAGGGCGUCAGCAUGCUGAGGACGUCACUCUUCAGCCAUGCGUUACAGUCGCUCUCCUAUGCGAGCUGAUUACUCCUCAGGUGGCUGUCUGGAUCCUGGACUUGCCAGCAAAAACCGUCUUGACGUCACGCCUUCUUUCAUCCUCCAUCUGCAGGCUUCUUUCUAUCUUCGCGAGACUGUCUCCCGCGGACUUGUUUCUAGUAUCGACUGUGGACGUAGGCCUUAGCAUUGGCGCUGUAACUUCCUUGCGACGAUGGGCCAGUUUCUCCGAGGAUGUCACUCUUUUGGCGGCUGCUUCAGCAGCCCUUCUUUUUUCAGGAAUCGCGAACGGUCUGUCUAACCGCGUUACAGCUGGGCUACCCACAGGAUUAUUCUUCCCCUUUUCAGAAGUGUCAUCCCGUUGGAGUGAACCGGAUAGUACUGAGGGGAAUCGUCGCUAUUGUGCAAUCCCUCCGGAACACGAUGGGAACGCUGCAAAGAGGGCAUUUUGUGGACCCGGCUACACUGGAGUAUUUUAUGUGGAGGAACGCAGACGUUUCCCACAUAUUGUCAGCCAAGACAAGAGUCGGAAUCUUCAAAGUGAGAACUGUUUCCCCGUGGCGUCGGUGGGCCAGCAUGGAGAUGGAGAUGGGCAUCCUUUUCCUGUGAGAGUUAACGGUGGGGUGGACUCCGAAAUGUCUUCUCAUACCACAACAACGCAUUUUUCUUCCCACCAGCAGACUUCGGUUCCGGCGGUGCGGCCAUCGGUGCUGAGCAUGAAUGAGCUGCUGUCGGACCAUCUGGAUCCGGGCGUCACUCACUCAUUACUGUCCCCAAGAGGAGCCGGUAACAGUGGGUCUCCGGUUUGCCGCUGCCCACUAAGGAAAGUGCUCCCAUCCCUGCACAACGGGGAGCUGCAUGACGCACGUUCAUGGACAUCCCCGUACUUGACAGGACCAAAGCAUUACGCCAUGCCGCAGAAGCAUCGCCAAGAGGAUUUGUGGUCAAGCAAGCACUAUGCUAACAAACAGCAAACUGCAUCAAGGACAGCAACCGACGUUGCAGGCAUAGUACUGCGUGCAUCAGACGUCUUGAUCCUCUCGUCUCUCGAGCGUUGUGGACACACAAUUCAAACGCUCGCCACGCGUUCGGUUCCUAGAGUCCAAGGAAGUGGAGACGGUUCGUCGUCCGAGGUAGAUUGCCGUCUCUUAUCCGAAGGCAUGCUUGUCGAGUGCCACCAUCUGGCUGACGAACUCGAGCUAAUCCAUAAAAACCUUGUUGGAAUACUUCGUUUGCUGGGACGAUGUAGCCCGGGUUGUCCCGUCUCGUCCGAAAAGAUGUCGAACCACCCAACGGUGGACCAGAAGAACUAUCCAAUCCCCAAGCAGCAGAAUCCUGACCUUUGGAAGGACCGCCAAGUUGGUCGUCCGUUGAAUCGGUGUCGGCGUGGUGUAAGGAAUAUUCAAGCGACUUGCCCUGCCUGUGGUUCAUCAGAUUUAUUGCGCUGCGUGUGCGUUGCGAUCGAUCAAGCGUGUCCGUUUGAGCUAUAUCACUGUAUGGACCUUCUUAAACGAGCAACUGCUGUCAUUUCUGAGGCCACGUCCGUGGUAGUGCAAGUGUCAAUCGGUGAUGAUGUGGACAGCCUAGCGUCGGACCGCUAUGGAGGGAGCUCUGGAAAUACAGGGAUCGAUUACAGUACCCAGGACAAGUUGGGUUCUGCAGGUCGACUGACUCUAGAGCGUAACGCGAAUCAGGGACGGACGAGUCAACCCGGAGAAACAUCCGCGGAUCGAACUGACGAAGUUGCGGCGAUUGCAACCACGACCCAAGGUGUGUGCGAACCAGGGAGUUCGUCGUGCGAACGUGACGUCAACGACCGUUUACCCAGUGUUAGAAUGGUAAGGAGCCAGAAGGAACUCUGGUUGGAGGGUCACGAGAAGGAGCUUCUUGUUGUUUUACAGUCUCUAAUUGCGGCAGUGUCAGCAGCAGCUUCUCCUGGAGACGAAGUAACUGUCUCAGUUGGCGUGGAUACGGAGAGAGUGCGCGGAUGCCGAGAACACGCUGACGAUUGUUCGGGGGACUCUUUCACAGGGUACACACACUUGGGGACAGAAGAUGGAGGCAGGGACGAGCCACUUCGUGGACAGGAAUUCGACAUCCCAAAAGGUCGAUCUUCCCGAAAGGCAAACCCGUUCUUCGUCGCUUUGGAAGAACAGACGGAGCCACCCCGGCUCGCAUUCUGUUUCACAAUCAAUCUCCACUCUGUUGCCAGAGGCGUUUCCCGUGAUAAAACAGGUGUUACGGAAAACACGAACGGCGACAGGUACGAGAUGGCACCGCACCUCCUGGCGACCGUCGUCCAAGAAUGUCUUCACUCCCCCAGAUGCGUUCAUCCGCUCCGUGUGUAUGACACUGACAAUCACUACAACUUCCAUCAGAUGCAACUUUGCGGCACCAGAGGACAUCAGGAAGGAACAACAGACGGCCGCACAUGCGGUGCUGUUCAGCGAGGCAUGGACUGGAUGUCUAGAGAAGAGCACGAAAAUCGUGGCCUCCGAUCCAGGAGACAGGGAGAGGAGCUAAGAUUCACGAAAGUGCCGGGAUCCGGGGCCCCUGGUGGCCUGGUGGCACAGGGAAGAUGGCACUGUCGAUGCGAUGGAUGGGUCGGUGACAAAGCUGCGGCACAGCAGGAAAAGCUUGAUUCUCUCUCAUCUGUAAUACGGUUUUGCCACUCUGUAAUUGAGAGGCGAUUUGGAGGCCAUUUAGGCACAUCUUGCUCCAGUGGUCCACCAACAGAUCUUCAGACACCAAAACGAGUCCAAGAGAAGACCCAUGUCGCUGGAGGAAAUAGUGUUGAGGCGAUGGGACCAGAAAUACACCCUCAAAUGCUCAUGAAUCUGCUUUCGGGGCGUAGGAGGUCUGAAGGCGACGCAAGAAAGCUCUCGGAUCAGACGUUGCGGGUGGAGCAGAGGCCGUCUCAGGAUGGGUUUUCUAUUUUUUUCGUUUUACCUUUUCGACGGUGUCCACAAGCUCCCGGAGCCUCCAGCUCCUGUGACUGUCGGUUUGCUGAAACAGGUUAUGGAGGUAUCUCCGGGCGUGAGGGGAGUCAACCUCGGCUAGGUCAAACACUGCAACUGGAUGUGAAGGGUAUCCAUAGUUGGACAGACAGUCCGAGGCAGGGCCAGUUGUGGCAGUCCAGGCGACCAGCCGCCGAGAAGGAUUCGCGCCUUCAGACAAGAAUCACAAAAUGGCCGUGGACCCGGAGAGAAGCGGAUAGUGAAACGCGCGCCGCGACUUCGGGAGCAGGAUUUGGAAACUGCGCAGUUCUCUGUAAUAGUGACGGUUCCCCCGUUCCCGUCUGUUUUUUUCCUUUGCCACAGGCCUCGAGAUGUCCAUCAGAGGCACAUCCGGCCGUCUGCACCGGGACCAGAACUGCUGUACCUUCUGUGCACUUAGCUGACGUAGCCGAGCUGAUAGGAAGCGAGAUUAAAGGAAGCAGGCUGACGUGGAACACAGAGAGACCGCAUGGGGCAGUGGGGCCGCUGGGGGACUCGGAAGGACAGGAGCAAAAUGUGCAGGAGGCGGUUCGCGAGCACGAUCCGUUUCGAGAGAUGUUGAAGGAACGAGGACAGCACAGGACACGCGAGGAUGGUGAGGAGACGGACGGAUCAAGAAGUGGAUUGUCGCGAGGAAACGAAAAAGGAGAGACCCCUGGCCGCGGAUCAGCAGACAGCGACACUCCUACGGGGAGCACGUUGAACACUGGCAAAUGCACUGCUACACGGGAGUUUCUUCUCGACCUUGCUCUUCGGCAUACGUCGAAGAAGCGAUCCAAGUAUAGUUGUGGCCAAGAUUCCGAUAGGACCGGCAGCAACAACAUUGAUAAAUUAGCAGAGCUCUCCUCUUCAUUGUUACCGUUCGGUGAUGCGCCGUCUUGGGUUCCAUGUGUUUCUUCAGACCGCGAUCUGUUUGCCGAGUUAGGACCCAAAAAUGGGGCUGGGAAUUAUGUACGCGUUCCUUCAACUCAAGCGCCCGUGUCGUGUGGCAGUUCUAAAGGCGCCAUGGCGUUGUCUGCGGUCACCCUAUUGUCCCCUCAAACGACUAAGAAGCGCCAGAUGCCCGAUCAGGACACAGCAACGGUGGAAGUGAAUAGUCCCUGGCGGGAAGUUCGGGCAUCUGCGGCGCUGGGAGCAAACUGCCUGACAAGCGACAAAUCAAUUGAGAAAGCAACUCGGGCUGAGGAAGGAGAUGCUAGUUAUAAUGCUCUCCUGGCAGCUGGUACAGGACCAUGCGACGCAAGUAGUAACCACGCAUGUUCGCAAACGAGAGAUUCAAGGCAGGUUCAUGUUCGAACGGCUCGAGACGAAUCCACUCCUGAUGUGCUGUCGUCGGCCUGUCGGUCCCACAAAAGGUCGCCUCAGGCCAGCACACGAGCACUGCGCCAUAGUAGCUGUCUUGCCUUCUCUUCCAGUGAUGAUGAAGCAGCGUUUUCGGCAGCUGCUGAUGCGCUCUUUGAAGGCAGCAUGUGCAUUGAUAGGGGGGACAAGGAUAAUGCAAAGAUGCUCUCUGUUGAAGGUAAUGCGUCCCAAGACCGAGUUGAAGGAGUGGGAAAACAUUCCAACGUGUCGUCGAAGCCCGGGGCCUUGUUACCGCGUUCACAGGCAGAGACGCGCCAGGCGAGGAGGUCCGAAGGGCACACUGAAGAGGUUCAAGGAAAACGAGCAGGCGCAGGCGUGGAUAGAGAGACGAAUAAUAGUCAUCGAGUGGUACAGUCGUGUCUUUCCGGAGGAUCCAACUUACCGAACACUGUCGGGUUCACAGGAUUACCGUCCCUUCAGCGGAUAUCGGGAUCCGGUCAUUGCGUGUCUACGCGACGAAAGUCGGACAGCAGCUUAGCGAUUCCUUCCCGUUCCUUCAUAGGAACAGGUAGGCCGCCUCUAGAAAGUUUACAAGAGGAGAGUGAGCCAUGGAGUCCUCCAACCGGGUCAAACAAAGACCGGAGUUCGUGUUCAGAGGUUGCUGCGCCGUUCCAAUCCGUAAUGACUACCGUCGACUCUCAGGAUGAGCCUGAGCUGCGACGGUCUGAAAAGGGAAAAGGAGGUCACAACAGAACUAACCGGAUGGAAAGUGGAGCCGAAGGCGACCAGAAGAACCGCGAGUUUAAAGAUGCCAGUCAGACAGGUUUGACUGGUCAAAGUGAUGUGCAAAAAACGGCAGAGCCUGCUCCAGAGACUGACGUGACUACAGCCGUUGGUGACCCUCGUGCUUGUGCAGGCGAAGAUGCCGUUAGGAUGGGUCCUCAGCCGUCUCUAGCUCCACACACUCACGGCAUGGGCGCACCCGCCGUGGUCCUAAGGAAUAGUCAGCAUGUUGGUGGCGUCCACAGCUAUGUGACAAAGGGAACUCAGGCAAUGCAGGGCGACGCGUUCGUUGACCAGUUGGUGGGCGACGGCACUAAAGAUCGUGAGACACCAGCAAAUGCGAUUCAUCAUAUACCUCUGUUGCGGCAUUCAAAUGCUAAAUCUCGUUCCCUUCACGAUGAACUUUUGUUGCUGACCGCGGAGAGUCGCCGGACGUGCUCUACCAGAGAUAAGCCAGAAACUGGAUGUGGCACAGCUGACCGCCUUGGGGCAUCCUGUGGGUCUCUGGAUAAAGUGCGGUACACCGAAUCUACUUCGGGUGAGGGUUAUGACCCGCAAUGUAACUGGCCGCGCGGCCGCAGUGACGAUUUGGAUACUCAUGCGAUGGCAGACCUGCAUCAAGGGGUACCCAAUCGUUUGUUUUUGAAAUCAGAAACCGAAGAACUAGGGACACGGUGCCAGCCUCUAGGAGAUGCAGACGUCGAUGGUGUCGGCCUAAGGGGCGACCUGUUCAUGCCGGCGAGGAACCAGCUCGUCUUCCGGUGUGACGGUCAUGAUGCAGGUCAAGUGAAGCAGACGGCGCCAUGUCGUAGAGGAGAGGUAUAUGAGGCAGAGUCCGACGUCCGUGGUGACAGGACGAAGCGAGAGAGGCCGAGGCCUUCAGUGGCGGCCUGCCAGCCAGAAGGGAGAUCCUCACCUGAUGUAGUGCCGCGUUGUGGAUCUGCGCCCGCAAGGACCGGAGACGUGUCGUCUGCACUACUAGAUCAAGACGAGAGCGAGUGGGAUUGUGGCAAUCGUGACAGUGUGCCAGAAGUAGUAUUGACGCCUCUCUCAGUUAUCUUUCCGGUCCCGUCGGAGGGUCUGGGAAGGAGAGAGAAUCUCACAGGAGAGAAUGGGACGCCUAUGGGGGAUCCACAGGACCAGGCUAGUGUGGCGAGGAGACGCCAGUCUCCAGGGCCUGCAGAGGAAGGUACCGAGGGAGAUACCAGGACGAUCCGCUUCGGGUCAAUCCUCUCUUCUAUGAGAACACCUGCGCCUAGCGCGAAUCAAAGGGUCCCCUCGAGCCAGGUUGAGGGAACUAAGGAGACAACGACACAUUCAGCCUUAACGAGCGACGUGACUGAAGAGCUGUCUGAAGAGGACCAGCAGGAACGAAGGUGGAUGCAGCUCCAGCAGGAGGAGCAGCAGCUGCGGACGCAGUUGAACAGAACGAAGGGACUGCUUGAGUCUCUUGCGGCUCGUCGCAAAAAGACCCCUCACUCGGUGCAGGCAGAAACUGUAGAGACACCGCCACUAGUAGCUUUAGUCGUGCAGACCUCCGGCGCAGACUCGAAUGCAAACAUGGAGGGGAGCAAACAAGAAGGGGGAACGGGCGGGGAAAUCGGUGAGGCUGGUCGAAGUGAUGAGGAACGCGACGACGGGCGAGUGGAGACACCCUUCAUCCUGACACGCUCUCUAGAUGCAGAAGGGCACGACAAGGUUGUGCUUGCGGCCUCUCGAGGCUGGUCCCCACGUAGUUCAGCUCGCGACCGGACGCUUGCCUCGUCUCCUCGCCGAGACGCUCAGUCUUCUCCAUCUAGCCAGGUGGAGUUCACUUGGGACCGGGCUCGUUAUCGAGGUUUCUCUGGUUCAGAAGAAGAAUUGUUCCCUUCAGUUCGCGCGAGAGCGAACUUUGGAAUCCCCGGAGGGAAGGCGUUUCUGCACCAGCCCGUUGUCUGGGGUCGGCAAGGAGCGAUCGGGGCCAAUGGGACGCCUAUGAUUGUGCCCAGGAAGCUUCGUGGAAGUCCACAAGAGAACGGACAGGAUCGCACUUACGACUCUUGUGGUUUUGUCAGAGCAAAACCUCAGGUUGGGCUAAGCAUCUAUGGUACACCCGUAACUGCGGCAAGAACUGUGGGCUCAGGGUUACAAGAGCUCGAGGAGGGGCGGUCGGGGCCGCCCGCGAGCACGUCACAGUGGAGAUAUCGUGAUUCGGGUGGCACUGGACCGCAGGGUCACGAAAAUAGGACAGGAAGCGUUUUGGGCUUCAGGACAGCGCAGAUACCGAUGGGUUUGCACGGAACCCCGAUGACGGAACCUCGAUUUGUCAGACCAAGAAAUUCACACGGACACAGGAGGGAGUAG